AUGGUGGAACAUAUCACCCACAACCGGAAGGCGAUCACAGAGCCCAUUUACCCCGAAGCCGUCCACAUGUUUGCAGUUAAUAUGUUUCGAACCUUGCCACCCUCCUCCAAUCCUACAGGAGCAGAAUUCGACUCAGGGGGAGAUGAACCAGCGUUAGAAGCAGCCUGGCCCCAUCCGCAGCUUGUUUAUGAAUUUUUCUUAAGAUUUUUAGAGUCUAUAGAUUUCCAGCCCAAUAUAGCAAAGAAAUAUGUUGAUUGGAAGUGUGUAUUGCAGCUUCUAGAACUCUUUGACAGUGAGGAUCCUCAGGAGAGAGAUCUUCUAAAAACGACCCUUCACAGAAUCUAUGUGAAAUUCUUAGGCCUGCAUGCUUACAUCAGAAAACAGCUCAAUAAUAUAUUUUAUAGGUUUAUCUAUGAGACAGAGCACCACAAUGACAUAGCAGAAUUACUGGAGAUACUGGGAAGUAUAAUUAAUGGAUUUGCCUUGCCACUAAAGGAAGAGUACAAGAUUUUCCUGUUGAAGGUGUUACUGCCCUUGCACAAAGUGAGGUCCCUGAGUGUCUGCCAUCCCAAGCUGGCAUGCUGUGUCAUGCAGUUUUUAGAGAAGAACAGCACCCUCACUGAACCAGUAGUAAUCACACUUCUCAAAUACUGGCCAAAGACUCACAGUCCAAAAGAAGUAAUGUUCUUAAAUGAAUUAGAAGAAAUUUUAGAUGUAAUUGAACCAUCAGACUUUGUGAAAAUCAUGGAGCUUCUUUUCUGA